AUGGGCGGUCACGAAGGCCACCAAGGCCCCGAAGAAGAGGCACCUUACGAGCGGCCUCAGAAGAAAGCUCGUCUUGACCAGGAGCUCCGAGAUUUGCUGAAGCUGCAGAGUAGCGCAGCCAGUGGAGCUAUGGCGAAAGCAGUGGUGCGAUGCGCUUUGGAGCUGUGUCGUUUGCGUUCCUCUCCAGGAUCCACUGAAGAUCUCCUUGCGGUUCAUCGCUACCUUUUGCGGAGCUUCCAGGAGUUGCAACCUGGCAGCGUCCGUCUUGAGAGGCGUUGGCUUCAGAGGACCACUGAAAGCUUGAAGCAUAUCUUCAGCUCCUGGACAUCUAGCGAGGAGAUAAAGCAGACGUUGGAGACGAUCUUGUGUCAGGAUCUUCCCGAGUCUGAGACACAACUCUUGGAGCUGCGUUGGCGAGUCUGCGUCUUGCAGGCGGCAGUCGUGAAGGUGCCAAUGGUCCUUGCCAUGUUGAGGUGGCCAACAGAUUUUCGCGAGGGUCCGGAACUAUUUCCAAGUGCAUUGACGUUGACAGCUCUCACCUGGUGGCAGGCGAUCUUCCUGGUGGCCUCGCAGCACCUGGUGUUCCGGGAAGAGGCUUUGAAGCGUUUCACCAGCUUUUGUGUUCAACACGGCAAAGUUGGACGAGAUGCGGUUCGAAGACCUUUGCUGAUUCGCUUGGCAGCCUUGGCUGCGUCCCAUGGGUUGUUGGAUGAUGCUCGGAGGCUUCUGACAAGGCUCUCACGCCGCAGCACGUCCACCCAGUCGGCGUUGCUGGGGAGGCUCCGCCGCCUGGUCACAGCUCAGCCCCCUGCUGGGCCAAAAGGGCCGAAGAAAGCCGGUGUCUCUUUGCUCGAAAGGGCCGACCAUGCGCUAUCUCAGCUGAAAGCGGCCGUGUUUGGAGGAUCACCUAUGGAAGACGUGACCCAGGAUCUAGAGCACCUGGCCUGCCAUCCUUUGGUGUCCAAUGCCUCACGUGCAGCCUUCCGGUGUUGGAUGCUCCUCUCCCAAAUGGUUUGUGAUGGCACCAACCUGGCAGAAGUGCCAGAGAGCUUGAGCUCGGCGUGCAAGGAGGCAUCCAGCUUCGCUUCCGCGCGCUUGCUGGACUUGAGGCCGUUUGGUGCAAAGGCGGCCUUAGAAGUGCUACCAUUGCCGCGAUGCCUUUUUGGCGUUUACCGGGACCUUCAGGUGAAGGUCUCGGCGAGUUGCAGGCCUUCCUCUAUGCCGGGCCCGGAGCUGCUCCGAAUCGAGGGUGAGCCCGCGAUCGAGAAUGCUGGCGCUCGCCGGCGUCAUGCCGAGGCCGUUCAUGAAGCUUGGCACUCCAGCAGAAUUGUGGCGGUGUGCGAUGGUGAGGCCUCGAUCUCGUGGGAAGUUCUUCGACGAUUCCCGAGUCAUAUCCGAGAAGCUGAGUCAGAUCCUCCUUUGACGUUCUGCAGCCAACGACUGCUGCGUGCCAGUUCUGUGGAGGUCUCUCUGCUUAGCUCCUUGGGCAUUGUUUUGGCCAUCGGAAAGGUGGAGGUCUCAGUGACAUGGACCUCGCGUUGGUGUCACCCGUUGGUGUCACCGGCGACCUGA